AUUUAUUCCAGUGAAGUCGCCGUUGUAACAUUUUCCAAAAUGUUCGGGGCCGCGCAACUUGCUGCCAGUACUCCGGCGCUGCAGCCGUCGCUGCCCAAGUUCUCGACGCGGGAGGCCCGUUUCCGCAAGGCCCGCGACGCCAAUACACUGAUAUUCUCGGUGCCUACCCGCUCCAGCCUAUUGCUACCGUUGUUGCGCCCUGUAUGCCACACCUAUGAGCAACAAGAUGCGCGUUGUUUACACUUGUUACAGGCAGCAGCACUGGUGCCCAGUUGCAAGUGUAACAAGCUACUCGCGACCGUGACACAAGCACUUAAGAUGCCCCUCCCUGCAGCAACUAGGAGCCAACUGGAAACCAAGUUACGUCCACUGAUAACGAAGUUACGCGACGAAGACAAGGAGAGCGCGACUCGGCCAUUACUUGCACUGCAACUUAAGGAGAAGGUGGCUGAGUGCUUACGCUGCUGGAUCGCCGAGCCUAUCGACGGCUUCGUACUUAGGAAAGAACAUGUCGUGAACGGCAUGCGGCUGGACGACCUGGUGGCUACACCUGCUGGAGCGGGGUACUUGAGGGGGUACCGUCGCGAAGACGGCAUCUGCACGGUAGUGUACCCCUGGGGCCACGGAUUCGUGCAUGUUAAAGACGUGGAGAAGGUGAAGCAAGCACUGGAGAAACACCUUAAGAAGCGCACGUACAACGAGUACGUGGCGUUGGAGCACCAGCAACUGUACGAGCAGAUUGAGGGACUGGUGGAGAAUCUGCCGCCAGCGCCCGAGGAGAGCUAUGCAGUGAAAAAGGAGGUGGAAAAGGAGGAAGAAGGAGACGUUGAAGAGUACAAGGAACUGCUGAAGUCUCUUGAGGAGGAGCAUGUGGACACGACAGUGCUUCGUGAAGAUCUGGGGUUAUUGCGUCGUGUGCAGGCGCUGACUAACAAGGUUAAGGAGCUCCGUCGGGCACAAUCGGCUAAGGAGCCUGAGCUCAAAAUGCUGCGUACGGACGAAGACGAGGAGAUGGCAGGUGACGCUGAACAGCAAGAACCUGACGAGUCGAUGCAGAACCAAGAUCAGACAGGGGAACAGAAGCAGGAGCAAGAAUCGCAGCUUUCAGACAAAGAGGAAGCACCUUCGAGCGAGCACAAGGAGGAGAAGGAGCAGCACCAGUGAAUGCAGUUGACGAUAGUGCGUGCUUUUGUAUUUAAAGUCGGCAGUAUUGGCGAUGUGAUUGCCGUCGAUCAAUGUAAUACAUUGAAUGUAUCAAGAUGGCGAGUGACGAAGUGCUCGCUAACCUGGUCAAUGCUUUUCCAAUU